UCCACACUAUAAUAAAUCUCACAAAGGCCACUUCGUACGUAUAACUCAUGCACGUAGUAACCCCAAUGGCCUCUUUCCAAAAUCCUUCACUACCAUUAGCAUUCUUCCUCGCCAUAACAGCAGCAUUCUUAACCAAUGCCGCCGCCGCCGUCGCGGCGCCCGCGCCGAGCCCGAGCCCGGCAGCGAUCGACAUAACAGGCAUCCUCGACAAGGGCAGCCAGUACACCACCUUCAAGCGGCUGCUGAAAGCCACGGAAGCCUAUCAAGAAAUCCUGACGCAGCUCGACGAUUCCUCCGACGGCGUCACCCUCCUCGCCCCCACCGACGACGCCUUCAAAGCCCUCAAGCCCGGCACCCUCAACAAGCUCACCGCGCAGGACGAGUCGGAGCUCGUCCUCUACCACGUCCUCCCCCAGUACUACACCUUCGACUCCUUCGCCACCGCCAGCAACCCCGUGCGCACGCAGGCGUCCGGCUACGACGGCGUCGACACCGUCAACGUCACCAGCACCGGCGUUAAUCAGGUAUAUGUGUCGACGGGCGUCGUCGGGACAACGAUCACGAACGCCGUAUAUUUGAAGUACCCCGUGGCCGUGUACUCGCUGGAAAAAGUGUUGUUGCCGAACGAACUCUUCGGGCCGGAGUCGUCGAGGAGGCCGUUGAAUUCCCCGCCGGCCCCAGCAGCAAAGCCGAAGAACGGCACGGCAGCGGCGCAGUCGUCGGAGAACGAUCAGAGCAAUUCGGCUUCCGAGAACAGCCUUGUGAAGAGGAGGAUAGGGUGGGGCUUCGUCGUAGGGUUUGUGCUCGCGCGUGCAAUGGGCCUACUGUAAAUUAAUUUACUACUACGUACAAAGGAGAGUGAUUGUAUUCGUGUACAAAUUGUGUGGUUUAUAUAUAUAUAUAUAAAUAUAUAUGUUCGGUGCAAUUUGUGGUUUAUUUGUAGUUUAUUAGAUUAAUUUGAGUGUUUUUUUAAUUA